UUUUGACUUUCCCGUCCUCGCUCUCUCUCUCGCUCGCUCCACCCCUCUCCAUUCAUUAUUCUUCGCCCCCCGUAUCACCAACUUGACUUUUGUCACUCCUCUUCCAUACCUUCUUUCCUCAUCCCAGACGGGUCAAUCGCUGGAUUGUCUGUUGACCUGCUUCGGCGCAGCAGACCCAGCUUAAAAAAUUUUUAUUUUUUUUAAUUCUAUUAGUCUUCCUCCCUUCCCCUUUUAGUCGACAUUGGUGAUUCUCUCGUUCUUCAUCGCGCAGGCUACUUGGACACUACCCUAGCUCUCUGUCUGGAUUUUUCUUGGCCGACUGGUCGGUGUCACGGCUUGCAAUCGUGGAGUCACGCCCGAAGUAAUCAACAGACUAGAAGAAAACCAGAUUUACACACGGCAAAACGAGGAUAGAUUACUUGCUUGACGCAAGCACUUUUUUAAUAGCGGUGAUUUGUUUGGUUGGACCGUGAGAUUGCCAAUUUAUUCGCACCAAAGUCAAGAUGGCGACACGAGCUCCUUUGGCGCCUCCGCCGAACGAGACGGAAUCCUCCGUCAGCCGGAUCACUCGAGAAGGCAAGAAGCUCACAUACAAACUCAGUGUCAUGCAGCAACCGGAGCGUGCGCGAGCCUGCGGUGCAGGUGCGAAGUCGUCCGCGGACCGUCGUCCAGUCGAUCCUCCACCGGUCGUCGAACUUCGAGUAUACGAGUCCGAUCCCAACGAUGACCUGAACAAGACCGAUAUCACCUUCGCAUACAACGCCAAUUUCUUCCUGUUCGCUACUUUAGAAACCGCUCGGCCCAUGGCCCAAGGCCGUUUUGCUCCGAACCCGACAUGCCCAGUAUUGACUGGUGUGCCCGUAGCCGGCGUGGCUUACUUGGACCGCCCAUCUCAGGCCGGUUACUUCAUCUUCCCAGAUCUUUCCGUGCGCCACGAGGGUGUAUAUCGAUUGAACUUCCAUCUCUACGAGGAAACCAAGGACAGCAAGGAUGCGAACGAGAAUGCUCCGAUCCAGUCUUCCAUGCCCAACGCAAUGCCAUCGAAACCAAUGGCGCCGAAAUCAUUCCUGGAUUUCCGUCUCGAGGUCGUUUCUGUUCCGUUCACCGUCUUUAGCGCCAAGAAGUUCCCUGGAUUGACCACGAGUACCUCCUUGAGUCGGGUUAUUGCAGAGCAGGGUUGUCGUGUGCGGAUUCGACGUGAUGUCCGCAUGAGACGUCGGGGCGAGAAGCGCACGGAUGACUACGACUACGACGAGGAGAGGGUCUACCGAUCUUCUGACCGAUUCUCUACCCCGGAUACGCAUGGGUACGCAGGCACUCCAGUUGAACGGCCUAGAUCGACCAGUAUCAGUACUGUGGAUCCCUCGUUCCCCUACGGGGCUGAUGCUCAGCGCCGGUCCUCUGGCGCGACCGAGUAUGGUUUCCAGGGUGUCCAGCCGUACCAACGACCAAUUCCGCCAGCUCCCGCUCCCGCACCAGCCGCGGCUUCUACGCCCGCUCCUCCCGCUCCUCCCGCGGCACCAUCCCAUACUACUGGAUAUCAGUCGCACCUCUCCUUUGGCUCAACUCAAACUCAAUAUUCAGCUCCCCAACUGCCUCCAACUCCCCAGUCCGCGUCUACGUUGUCAGCCCCGUUCUCUCCCCAUCCAUCAUAUUCUCAUGCUCGGAAUGCCUCGACGAGCGCCGAAUAUGACACGACCAGUUACCCCUAUCCGUCGUCACGGAUGUCCACGGAGCGGUCCAGCUAUCCCAAGAGUGGGUUGCCUCCGCUCCGUCUGGAACCGCCUAAGCCACUAAAUAUGCCAUCCGGCGAGCCACGCUCGUCUGAUCCGAACGCAUAUCAUUCCAUGGCUCAAUCGGCGGCACCCCGGUCUCAGACACCGUCAUCGAGUCUGGUGCCUUCCCUUCCGCCCCUCAAGGCCUUAUCAGGAGAGUACCCCAACAAUCUCUCUCAACCAUCCAGCAGUAUCUCUCAGAGCCCCAGUCACGACAUCGGCGCGGGCAAGAAGUUCUUGUGGGAUACGGGUGCCAGCUUGUCCAAGCGGUCAUACGAAGAUUCGUUUGGCCAUGAUGACCGUCCCCUCUACAACGGCAUGCGCCCUGAUACGGAUGGGUAUCCUCGCAGGCUGUCGGAUGCCGGUCGGAACUUCUACACCGAUACGCGCGAUGAAAUGGCGUACAAACGAGCCAACGGGAGAAUGGCCACGAAGAUUUCUCCUGCACUCCCAUAAAAACCAGUUGAUUUGUGCUUUACUCCCGCUCAUAUAGGACGGCGUCUUGGCGAACGGUCGCCGAUUGAUUUCUUUAACGUAAUCUGCCCCUUUUUUCUCACGUUCUCUGGUGUGGCGGGCUUCAGGUGGAUACUUUUAACGAACCAGACUUUUGAUGUUUAUACCACCGUUCUUUUUUUCUUUUUCUUUUCUCAAUCUUUGCCAUUAUUGUAUAUGAUGCUCUGCAUGUGGUUUCCAAGAUAUUCCCCGGAUUGUUCUUGUCUUCGUUUUAUAUACGACAGCUUUCAUGUUUAUUAUCCGAUGUGUUUCCAGGCAUGCUAAAGAGCCUGGGGCCUCUCCCUUCCCGCGAAUAGAAGCGAGUGAGCAAUCAAAAACGUAUCAUUUUUUCGCAAAGUUUGGUGAUACAUUUGCGCAACGUGGAUGCAUUGAUCCGAGACAAUCCCGGGGCCUUAGACAUGCGACAUGCCUGAUUCCACUCCUUCGACCAUUUCCUUGUUUACCCAUGACCAUGCUCCAUCCAUUGGCAUGCCAUCAAUGACGUAGGCGACAGAUCAGAUCGACGACCUUCAUUCUAU